UUCUAGUAACAUACUCAUGUGGGUUGCUUUUAAGACUUUUUUAUUAAGAGUUAAAAAUUACAUAUUUGUGUAAGUUUAUUUCAAAAUCUACAAAAAGUGCUGACAAUUUUUAUCUUUAUAUACAUGUUAGUUUUACUAUUGAAUGGUCCUCUCCAUUUGUAGAAGACUAUUUAAAAGUGUUCAUAGAAUUAUAAAUUUUAACUAAUGUUGUAUUCUUGUGUUACAAGUGUCGGUAAUAUUGUGCUUGGUGGCAAAAAAUAUUUUUAGUUUGUAAGCCUCUUGUUGUUGUUUGUUUUUCUUUCUGAUAACCUUAUCAGAAUUAUAUGUUAGUAAGAUAUAUAUUUACAUUUUUUUCCUAAAUGUCCUGUAGAUAGUUUAGUUGUUAAUAGUUAAUUAGUAAGAUGGUCAAAAUUAGGCUUAUUUUAUAUAAUACUUUGUAAAUUGAGUCUUGGUUUCUUUAACAACACUUUAAUUGCCAUUUCCUUUGUGAUUUCAUUUCAUGAUGACCAAACAAUUAGUGUAGUGUUUUUGUGGUAUAUUUUUAACAACAUUAUUAUAUCAUUUGUGAAUUUAGAUUAAAUCACAAAGAUCCUUACAACAAUAUCUAGAACACAGAAGAUGCCUUUUAAAUUUCGUUUUUGUGGCAAGGCUGAAAAAGAAACUUAUAGAGUACUUGACUAUGCUCAUAACAACCUCCUUAAUGUUCCAACAGAUAUAUAUGAACAUGCACAAUCAUUAGAAGAGUUGUACCUAGAUGCUAACCAGUUGAAAGAUUUACCUAAGGCUUUGUUUACACUCCAGCAUCUAAAGUUACUUAAUAUUGGAGACAAUGAGAUUAUUUCUUUACCAUCCAAUGUAUCCAACCUAGUUCAUUUAAUUGAAUUUGAUAUUAGUAAAAAUGGGUUUUUGGAAUUGCCAGAUAGUAUAAAAGGAAUGAAAUCUCUGCAACACUUUGAUCUCAGUGUUAAUCCCUUGGGAAGACUACCUGAUGGAUUCACAAUGCUACUAAAUUUAACACAUGUAUACUUAAAUGACACUUUCCUAGAUUUUCUUCCUGCAAAUAUUGGGAGGAUGGCAAAACUAGAAAUAUUGGAAGUCCGUGAUAAUCAUUUGACAAUGAUUCCUAAAUCAAUGAGUCGGCUUCAAAAUUUGCGAAGACUUGACAUUGGAAAUAAUGAAUUCAGUGAACUGCCUGAGGUUGUUGGGACAUUUUCAAGUUUAAAAGAACUUUGGAUAGAUGGUAACAAAAUAAAACAAAUACCACCAGAUAUUGGUAAUUUAAAGAAGUUGGAAUACCUUGAUGCAACUGAAAAUGCACUUGAAUGGAUAGCUGACGAAAUUGGAGAGUGUGAAUCUUUAACUGAUUUACAUUUGACUACCAACAAUAUUAUGGAGCUACCUGAAAAUUUAUGUAAAUUAAAAAUGUUGGAAACAUUAAAAGUUGAUGAUAAUCAUUUGACGUAUUUACCAACAUCCAUAGGAGGAUUGUCAAAUUUAGAAGAAUUAAUAUGUUCAAGUAAUGAAUUAGAGACCCUACCCCCUGGCAUUGGAUUGCUACGUAAAUUAACCACAUUAAAUGCUGAUGAAAAUUACGUGGAAUACCUACCAGAUGAGAUCGGCAGUUGUAUCAGCUUAACUGUUGUACUACUUCGUCAAAAUCGAAUUCAAAAUUUACCAGACGAUUUUGGUCGACUCUCUAAUCUGACUGUAUUGAAUGUCAGUGCGAAUGUGUUAGAAAAUCUUCCAUACUCACUUAUGAAAUUAAAAAAGUUGAAAGCCUUAUGGUUGUCAGAGAAUCAGGCGAAACCACUUAUUCCACUACAAACUGAUUGGCAUGCGACAAAUGAGAGGAGAUAUCUUACUUGUUAUAUGUUCCCACAACGUCCGCUAAAUGAUAUGUAUGAAGAAGAACCGAACUUAGUAGAACAAAGUUUUCACGCAUCAUUGUUUGAAGAAGAAUGGAAAAAGCGUACUUCUGUUCUGUUUGAUGUAGAAGAAGAGGACCCACAAGUGGUUCGUUUAACAAGACAACCAACACCAUUCCCAAAAGACAUACGCGACAGAAUUACUAAUUUUCGCAACCAAGCCAUUGCUAAAGGACAAGUGAGUGGCAACCACAUGGGUGAUCACAUCAUCCCGCAUCACCCAUACCACCCAAAAGAUGAAGUUGAGGCGAAGGUUCAUCCAAAUAGACCCGCCCCACCCAUCGAUCCUGCUUUGGAUGCUAUGGAUGCGCCCCCGCCCGACAACCAACCCUACACCGCUCAUCAAAACUUGAAACAACCACAGCAUGUCACUGAAGAAGAAAGACUACUCCUCGAACAGUUAAGAAAUUCUAGCAUACCACGUGACCCCAAUGCGGAACUGGAACGACAACGAAUGCAAGACGCGUUACGUAAAUACCAAGGUGAUGUGAAAAGACUCAACGAAGGAGGGAACACUACUGGUGCUCCUAGAGCGAUGAAUUUCUCAGUACCCAUUGCUCCAUCACCGUUGGCAAGUCGCCACUUCAAGGACGAUGAUUCUUCCUCGUUUGAUGAUUUUGCUGUGGAUGGAAAGAGAGGGAUAAAACUGAGUUCGGAUUCUGGUCUGGGUAGUACUGAUCUGUGUGAAGAACAAAACUCGUGGAAAAAUGAAUAUCCAACAAUUCCUGAACAAGAAGAUGUUAUUCGUGUGACUAUCAACAAAACACCCCAUCUCGGCUUUAGUGUGUCGGGAGGUGUGGAUGCUCCUGGAAAUCCCUUUCGGCCUGACGAUUACGGUAUUUUUGUAACCAAAGUAUUAGCAGAUAGUCCGGCGUCGAGUUUGCUUCAACCAGGAGAUAAAGUACUUGAGGUUAAUGGUGUCGACUUCAAAGAAAUUAUCCAUGAAGACGCUGUCAAGAUAUUAAAGGCUAGUGAAAAAGUCGACUUGCUUAUAUCUCGAAGACUAACAGACCAAACCUAACGAAGUGUAUGGUUAAUCGAGGUUAAUAUGCAUCUCCUGCAACCGCCAGGCUAACAAGAACGUCAAUAAAGCCAAUGCCGAACAGUGGCCAUUAUUUUAACUCGUUGACCCAGAACACAGAGUGAUAAUGUAUAUAAGAACUCGCUGAAUAUUCCGCUUGAACAAGGUUGUUGCAUGUUGUUGAAUCUUUGCGUGAAUGGUUGUUCAAGCAGAACAUUUUUUUAAUUUAUUAUAUGUAAUUUAUUCCUACUUUCAUCACUCACACUUUAUGUAGCAGUCUCGAUUACCUCAAAUACCUGUUUUUUCAUGUUUAUAUCGAAUUUCAGUCACGGAGAUUUGAGUUGAUGAAGGAGAUGGAGAUAUUGUCAACCUCGAUCCCAGACAAUAUGUCCUGGGAACGGGGUUGAAGAUUUUAGCACUUGUAUAAAAGAGAGAAAUUAAUGUUUGUUCUCCAUUUCUGUUAUACGUUUCUGGUAUGACGCAAUACCUAAAUGGUGCUAUAGUUAUCUCGUUCCCAGCCCUUUUAACCAGUUUAUAUAGGCGUAAUUAAGUGAAGCGUUGGGGAAAUGGGGACUAAAUGUUUGCACUGAUGUAUUUUACCUAAGAAGUAUAAGUUUUUUUUUAUCUUCAGGAAAAACAGGCAUUAAAAUAUUAAAAUAUUAUUUUUCCAUAAAAUAUAUGUAUAGGAUAAAUGUUUAUAACGUAUUCAUUUUAAUGAUAUCUAAACGGCAAGUAAAUUAUAA